GAUAGUGCACAAGACUUAUUACCUAUAGUAAUACCUUGUUUUGUUGGACUUGUUAUUAUUAUAGUUUUUGUGCUUGGACUAAUUAAAAGUCACAAAAAAGGGAUGGUUCCUCAUUAUCUUCUUUAUUUUACCUUGGCAUUUGCCCUUCCUCCUUUAUGUGUUAAUCUAAUCCAAGAAGAGUUAGACGAUUUAAGAAAAAAUAGCAAGAUUAAUGAGCCAAAAAAGGAUGAUCCAUUUUGCUGUGGUAUUUGGGAUUGGUUUAAAGAUUGCCUUAAAACUUGCUUUACUUCUAUGUUAUCAUGUUGUACGGUUCUGUUGAGUAUAAUUACUUGUAAUUAUUGUUGUCUUGGACCUACAGCCAAGCCAGCUGUUCGUGUUAGCAUAAUGUGUACAAUGGCCUUAUAUAUUCCUGGUGUUCUUCAUGCUCUUAUUAUGUUAUUUAAGAUGGUUGAUAUGGUAAAACCCAUAGAUGAAACAAAACAAGAAGGAA